AUGUUUACCGGAGCCUGUGCAGCAUGUAAGCACCAGAAGAAGAGAUGUCCCCCAGAUUGUCCCUUAGCUCCAUAUUUUCGUAAGAAGGACGAUUUUGUGCGGGUUCAUCGCCUCUUUGGACUGAACAAUGUGGUUAAAAUGUUGGAGAGAGUCGGUGAUCAUGAAAGGCCAAAAAUGGCUGAGACAAUUAUAAUGGAGGCCAAGAUCAGGAGGGACAAUCCAGUUCAUGGGAGCCUGGCGGUGAAAGCUCAACUCGAGGCUGAAAUUGAUGCCUGCCGAAAAGAGCUGGACUUUGUGCAAAAACAGCUCAACUUUUUGAAGAAAGCAACAGAAAUCAAUAAGGAAAAAGAGCAGCUUGAGGCGAAAUUGGAUAAGUGUCCAUUGGGAAUUCAAUAUAAGGAAAAUGCUGGUGAAGGAUCAUCGUCCAAGUCCUGUGCCUAA